AUGCAUAUUAUCUGGCGCGACACGGCAGAAGAAACCGACUAUGAAGCCGCACGCCUCCGAGGGAUAUUCACAAAAGACAUACCACCAUAUUACCCAUUAGCUAUCGUCCACGCCAGAACAACGAAUGACGUAAAAAAGACCAUCAAUCUAGCGAAACAGAAAAAUUGCCAGGUGGCAGUGCGUGCCGGAGGACAUUCGCAUCCUGUCUGGAGCCUUCAUCCGAACUCUAUCUUGCUUGACCUGGGCUACUGGAAGGAGCUGGACAUCGACAAUGAGACGAAGAUUGUUCGAGCAACCCCUGCUGUAACGAGUGGGGAGAUCAGUAAGUAUUUGAAUAAACGCGGCCUGUUCUUCACUGCUGCGCAUCAUCCGGAUGUCGGUCUGGGUGGGUAUAUGCUACAGGGCGGUUCGGGAUGGAAUUAUCGGAGGUUGGGCUGGGCCUGUGAAAGCCUUGAGGCAGUUGAAGUUGUGACUGCAAAUGGCAAACUUAUUCUUUGCAAUCGUUUGCAGAACCAGGAACUCUACUGGGCGGCGAGGGGUGCAGGACCGGCUUUUCCAGGCGUCGUGACAAAUUUUUACCUACAAGCAUCACCUUUCCACGCAGAAGGUGUUCGCUCCUCCGGAUAUGUCUACCCUAGCCACCGGUAUCGCGAGAUCUUCACCUGGGCGCAGUCGAUGGUAUCGAAAACGUCUCCCGAUAUCGAUAUACUGCUGAGGGCCAUGCAUUCGGAGUCAGAUGACGAUAUAUACUUGACAGUGCAGUUUUUUGCGAUGGAGAAGACAUGCUCCGACGCUGAACAGGCUCUUCAUAUAGUCGAUGAAGAACGGCCUUCAGGUGCCAUUAGCGAAUGGUUCUGUGAGGAAGACAGUCUCAAGAGCCAAUUUGCAGCGAUCAAGAAAAGUAGCCCGCCUGGAUAUUAUUACAUCACCGAUAAUGUCUUAUUAAAUAACGACUGUGACGCUAUAACUGUGCUUCAGGAAGCAUUUUUGACGUUGCCACAAAGUAAGUCAUGGGCUGCCUGGACGCCCAGGUAUCCAAGCAGUGACCACGAGAUAGCCGGUAUGGCAAAGGGAAUACAGGCAAACCAUUAUUUUGUGAUUCAUCUAAUCUGCGAGGAUGCUGUCAGUGCCAAGCAGUAUAAGAAGCAUCUGCAGGAUAUAAUGGAGAGAAUACGGCCAAGCAUUGUCGGUCACUACUUGGGUGACUCAGAUCUGAACGACGAUCCGAAGUGGUACUGGGGUGAAGAAAACACCACGCAUAAUGAUCUGACAUAG